AUGCCGCGGGGAGCGCGGGGAGCGCCGCGCCGGGGCCGCGGGAGGCGGGACGGGGGCCGCGGGAAGCGGAAGCGCUGCCCUGCGAGGGCGGGGCCCGGGCGGCUGCGCGGGACCUUCCCUUUGCUUUCAGCUGGGACUGCUGCAGACGUGUAUCAGUUCCUGAAAGAAAGUUGUAAUGCAUCUAUAAAUGCAGAUGUGAGCACUUUCCCAGCUUGCUCAGUGGCUGGUAUUCCAGGUGCCAAGAAAUGGUAUUUUGCAAGUCAUGUCAUUUGUGGUUAUUAUCAGUUCUGCAGUUCUGACUGGGAGGAAAUCAAUGCUGACACACAAAAAAAUGAAGAUUCUUACCAAGCAAGCAUUGACGAGAACCUGGGAACCACACAAAGUUUUGAGGAAGAUGACAACAGUCAGGAAUCACUGUCUCUGACUGAUAUCUAUGAUGAAGCUGCUGAAAGUCUGCAUCAAUUAGCUGAUAAAUUGCCUGCCCCAGGCAGAGCAAUGGUUGAUGUAAUCCUGCAGGCUGGUGAAUGUGAUGGACCCAAGUUAAAGGACUGCUUGCCUGCUAUUGGUGCCCUGAAACACCUGAGGGAGUGGCACUCUGCCCAGAUCACUAUUGCUGCAAGUGAUGCUAAAGGCUGGCAAAAGAUUGCAGACUAUCUGUCAGCAGACUUUGUAUCUUCAGAUGAUAUAAUGAAUAUUAUUGACUUAAAUGAACUCUGGAGAGGAAAGAUUCAGAUAUGGGAAAGAAAGUUCGCAUCGGGAGUCGAUUUUCCAGAAUUUUGCAUAAAGAGCACUUCAGCCAAGACAUUCAGGACUGCAAAUUUAAAUUCCUGCCUUGCUGCUAAAAAAGAAUGCCAAUUGAGGAAUACUGAUACUUUGCCAGAAGUUUUUCAUUACUAUGGUCCUGCACUGGAAUUUUUACAGAUGGUGGUGCUCUCUGAUCUACCUUCCAUUUUUAUAUCAGAUCUGGAGUUUGAGCUGAGCCUGUCAAGAAAGAAUACCAAGGAGACAUCUACACUGCUUUUGGACCAGAUUUCUUUUCUCUCUGGGAAGGUGGGAGCUUUAUUUACAUUGCCAUGUAAUGUAAGCAGUGUAGUGAUCCCAUCUCCUGCCCAGCUGAGCACCAAGAAAUGGAAGGAAUAUAUGGCUAAGAAAACCAAGGUCAUUUCUGUUCCAGAAAUUGAACUGAAGGGAGAAUCUUGCCGAUAUUAUUUCUUGCUCCAAGGCAAUGGCUCUGGAGGAUGUAAAGCAACCUUGAUUCAUUCAGCUGGCCAGAUCAAUGGGAUGGCCACUCUUGCUGCAGUAAACGGAAAGCUAAAGGCAAAAGCAGAAGAAACAGAGUCAGGCUUUCAUAUUUCUGAUUUUAUCAAGUCUCUGCCAUGCUAUUGUGGAGAGGAUAUUGUACAGAGAGAAACAAAACUGUCUCAUCUUCAAGUGUUUGCCUUGAAGGAGUAUCUCAUUCCAGAAAUUGAACUGAAGGGAGAAUCUUGCCGAUAUUAUUUCUUGCUCCAAGGCAAUGGCUCUGGAGGAUGUAAAGCAACCUUGAUUCAUUCAGCUGGCCAGAUCAAUGGGAUGGCCACUCUUGCUGCAGUAAACGGAAAGCUAAAGGCAAAAGCAGAAGAAACAGAGUCAGGCUUUCAUAUUUCUGAUUUUAUCAAGUCUCUGCCAUGCUAUUGUGGAGAGGAUAUUGUACAGAGAGAAACAAAACUGUCUCAUCUUCAAGUGUUUGCCUUGAAGGAGUAUCUCAAGAGAAAGGAAUUGACCAAGCAGCCUGCAGUUAUUUCUACCAAUGAGUUUAAAAGCUUAUUAAAACUCACAAGAGAAUGUUUCUUGGACCUGUGCAGCACUAGUCUUCCUAAACCUGUUCUACAGAAGGUCUGCAAUAAAACCAGGUCAUGCACUGAGACUUGUGAGCCUGAUUUAAUAGAGCCAAAUCCAUUGGAGUGGCCAGAAAGACACGUUCUUCAGAAUUUGGAAAACUUUGAAAAAAACAAACAAAAAAUGAGAGUUCCUCUGUUUGCACAUUCACCUGAGCAGUUGCUGGGACACAAAGACAGCCAGAGGGAGUCCCUGACCUUGCUGGAUGCUAAAGAGCUGCUGAAGUAUUUCACCCCAGAGGGGUUGCCUGUGGGGGAUCUCCAGCCACUGCAGGUUCCCAAGCGUGAAAAAGCAUUUCUUUUGACACCAGAGCUUACUCCUCGAAAACUCAGAGGUUUGCCUUUUGAAAAAGCAGCUGGAUGCCAUUAUCACGGACUUGAAUAUUGUCUUGAUAACAGAAGAGCCUUGGAGAGAGAUGUGGGAUAUGCUGAACUUCAAACUCGUCUUAUCCGCUAUGAAACUCAGACUACUUGCACCAAAGAGUGCUGCCCUGUGCCACUUGUCCUGAGCCCUCUCCCAUCCCCUGCAGUCUUGUCAGAGCCUGGAAGUGUCCUUGAUGGAGAGACUUUGCAAAGCGAGCUCAAAACAGAGACAUCAAGGCUAAAAGGCAGAUCAAAAGACCUGGAUUACUUUUAUCCCAAGAAAAGGCUAACCAAAUCCGAGAGCAUGGACUCGCUGCUGUCGCAGGCAGGGGGAGGCAGCAGGAGCCGCGGUGCGGGCGCUGUGCCGAGGAAGCGCUCGCAGAGAUCCCUCUGUGAGGCUGCAGUGCCCUGGAGAGUGCCCAGCCAAGGCCACAGAGCUGCCACCAGGGCUGCCUCAGCUGCAGAGCCUGAGGCUGCAAAGCCAGAGAAGGAAUCGAGAUCCCAGAAACACACAAGGAUGCUGAAGGAGGUGGUUGCUAAGACUCUUCAAAAACAUGGAAUUGCAGAAGAUCAUAAGUGCUUUGCAUCCUGCAGCCAGCGUCUAUUUGAGAUAUCAAAAUUCUACCUAAAGGACCUAAAAACUUCUAGAGGACUUCUUGAUGAAAUGAAGAAAACAGCAAAUAGCAAUGCUAAACAGGUGAUUGAAUGGGUUUUGGAGAAGACUAGCAAGUAGAGGCACUGUGUGGAUUCUAUUGACACCUUCCCAGGAGCUGUGGAGACAGAGCACUUCUGACUUGAGAAGCAUUAUGCUGCCCAAUGCACACACACAUCUGCACACUGGGAGGACAUUGGUCAGUGUAGCUAUAAAGACUCAUUCUUCAAGCAAAGGAGUGAGGUUGGAAACUUUUUAUACUGAAAGUUUUAAUUUUUUUAAAUUCAAAUGAAAAGAAGUUGUAUUUUAUAUGUGUAUUUAUUAUGUUUUUUAAAAGGACUAUAGCUUGACUUGAUUUAUAAAGCUUUGUAUAUUUUCCAAGCAGUGUAUUUGGUUUUUAUAUGAAUAAAAACCCCCACAUAUUUAAUUUUGGUAACUACUACUUUGUUUUACCUUUUUGUGUGAAGAUCUCUAUUCUACUUCAGCUUGCUCUUGUAUAAACAGCUAUUUACAGCAUCAGCCGUUAACAGUUUAUACACUAAUCAAGAACAGUUCCUAUUCUGUAGGUGAAAACAAACACAAUCAGAAUUUGAACCUUAAUUAUCUCUGUGUUGUACUAUAAGGAAGAAAAAAAGCAUGGCUUGAAACUUGGUGCAAGGUCCCAUUAAAGGAAGUUUCUUUGUUUUACAAGCUGAAUGUUCGGUAUUAUUUCCUGCAUGCUCUUUGUAACACUCCUUAGAAAAAUAUCUAAGGAGAGGUCUGAGAUUUCUUUUCCUGGAAGGGGAGAAAAUCAAAGCAAUAGUGGUAAUGAGGCUGGUGAGAGCUUGUGCUAUGCUGAAAUGUAAGGAAAAAAUAGUUUCUAGCUGUGUUGCAAACACAGUAAAAUACUAAAUUUGGCCUCAGUUAGUUUAAGUCCCUGGCAUGUACCUGGCUGGGACUCAUGUAAUUAUUCAAGUUAGUAUUUUGUUGAGAUGAGGAAUUCCUACUAAGAUUUCUGUAUUAAGGAUUUCCUAUUUAUCAUAUAAAUUAACAGGAUUAAAACUGAUAGAGAUGCAUGGCUAUUGUUUGCUAUAUUACCCUGGUAGGAAAAUAGAUUAAACAAUACAAAUAUAAAUGAAACGCA